AUGCCAUCCCCGGCGCCCGGAGCCGGGCCCGAGCCACUGGCCAUGUUUAGGACCCCCGUCUUUGGCCUCGGGCUAUCCGUGGUCAUCGCCGCCGUCUUCCUCGGCCGGGCCUUCGGCGGCAAGAAGCCCGCGUCCGCGUUCCCGUCCGUCGACCACGACAGGUCCAGCUACAACUUUCUGGGCGACGCCUACGGCAUGGUCGAGAAGGGCAGGAGGCAGUGGCCCGGGAAGCCCUUCUUCAUCCAGGGCGAGAACGGGCCGCUGCUGGUCAUCCCGCCCGGCAUGAUCAACGAUAUCCGCGCCCACCCCGCCCUGAGCUUCAUCCACACCGUCCGGGAGGACUUCCACGGCGGCCUGCCCGGGUUUGAGGCCUUUACCCUGGCCUCGCGCGACGACCGCCUGUUGCAAAACGUCAUCAUCAGGCACCUGACCAAGUACAUGGGCACCAUCUUGCACUCCCUGUCUGAGGAGGCAGCCUUCGCUCUACACACAAACUUUGGAGAAUCAACGGAAUGGCGCGAGCAUUUGAUACGCCCCGCCAUCCUCGACGUAAUCUCCCGCGUGGCGUCUAGAGUCUUCCUGGGCGAAGAACUAUGCCGUGACGAGGCCUGGCUCGAGGUAACCAAGGAGUACACCACGGCGGCCUUCAUGGCCGCCAUGGCCCUGAGGCAGAGGCCCGCACACCUGCGCUUCAUCUACCAGUGGUUCGAGCCCCUCUGCGCCGAGCUGCGCAGGCACCGCGACAGGUCCAGGGCCAUCAUCGGCCCCGUCCUGGAGAGGAGGCGCGCGGCCCGCCGCGAGGCGCUCGCCCAGGGCCGGCCGGCCCCCGUCUUCGAGGAUGGCAUCGACUGGUUCGAGCAGGAGGCCCAGGGCAGGCCCUACGACAGCGGCAUGGCCCAGCAGGCCCUGGCCGCCACCGGGAACCACACCACGUCCGACUUCACCACAAAGUUCAUGCUGACCGUCGCCCAGCACCCGGACCUGAUCCGCGAGAUGCGGGACGAGAUCGUCGCGGUGCUCAGGGCCGAGGGUGGCUUCACCAAAGCGGCCCUGGCCAACCUGAAGCUCCUCGACAGCGUCAUGAAAGAGACACAACGCCUUCAGCCUAUCGCCACCUACCCCCAGACACUGACCACAGCGUGGGAGGGGGCAAUCCCGUCAACAGGUGUCCUUGCCCGCAUCGCCACCGACGACGUCCGCCUCCCCGACGGCACGCUCAUCCCCAAGGGCACCAACCUCGUCACCGACGGGGGCUGGCGGCUGAGCCCCGACGUGUACGAGGACCCCCUCGAGUUCGACGGGCACCGCUUCCUCAAGUGGCGAGGCACCGACAGGGAGCAGACGGCCCACUUCGUCAGCACGGCGCCCUCCCACACGGGCUUCGGGCACGGCGUCUACGCCUGCCCCGGGCGCUUCUUCGCCUCCAACGAGAGCAAGGUCAUCCUGUCCCACCUCAUCAUGAAGUACGACUGGAGGCUGGCCGAGGGCUCGAGCGCCGACGCGCCGAUACUUGGGCUGUUUGUGGACGCCAACAGGGCUGCCAAGGUCUUGGUGCGGAAGCGGCCUGUAGUUGAGCUGGACCUCGACUCUUUGAGCAUGUAG